AUGGUGACAUAUAUUUUACCGAAAUUAACUUCUCGAUUUGCAUCGAAAAAACUGAACAACGCUCAAUGGACUCAUCUCAACGAUCUUCAACUUGCUGAUCCUGAUAUCACUUCACCCAGCGAAAUUGAUAUAAUCAUUGGAGCUGAUUAUUAUGGAUUAAUUUUGGAAGACGGAAUUCGUCGUGGAUCUUCAUCGUCUCCGACGGCUCAAGCAACAAGCUUUGGUUGGAUUCUGUUUGGGCCAUCAAAUUUAUCACCAGGAAUGAUAACUUCGGAAAGUUAUCACGUGUCCCUUGACGAGGAGUUGUAUGAUCUGCUUCAAAAUUUCUGGAAAUUGGACGAUGUACCUGUAUCCAAUUCAUCUGUUCUCUCACAAGAAGAUCAAGAAUGUGAAGAUCAUUUUAAAACAACACAUACACGAGAUACACAUGGUCACUACAUCGUACGUUAUCCUCUCAAAAAAUCAACAUCACUUUUGGGAAAUUCAAGGAGCAGUGCUGUCCGAAUGCUUUUUAAAUUAGUCUCUCGAAUGAAAAGUGAUCCUAAAUUGAAGGAAGCCUACUGUGAAUUCCUUCAGAUCUAUGAAGACUUGAAACAUAUGGAACCUGUGUCAAACUCUGGAAAAGAUUCACUUGAAGGUGCCUUUUACCUUUCUCAUCAUGGAAUCAUCAAGGAAAGCAGCACCACAACUAGACUACGAGCAGUGUUUAAUGGAUCGUUUAAAACAUCGACAGGCGUCUCCCUCAACGAUCUCCUUCACAUAGGAGCAAAAUUACAAAUUGACAUUCUUGAUGUUCUUCUCUGGUUUCGACAGUUCCGAUAUGUGUUCACCAGUGACAUAGAAAAAAUGUAUCGACAAAUCAAGGUUCAUCCUGAUGAUCAGAAGUUGCAAAGAAUUCUUUGGUUGGAUUAUAAAAACAACAUUGUUGAUUAUCAGUUGACGACUGUGACAUAUGGAUUGGCAUGUGCUCCGUUUCUCGCCCUGCGCACUGUUCAAAAGCUGAUCGAGGAUGAAGGUUCCAGAUUUCCGUCGGCUGUACCAACUUUGACUAACGGAAGAUAUGUUGAUGAUACUUUUGGAGGAGCUCAUUCAAUUCCAGAAGCUCAAGAAGUUGUUCAACAAGUGAAUGAUUUGUGUGAAGCAGGUGGAUUUCCCCUUCAAAAGUGGACAAGUAAUGAACCGAUCAUCUUGCAAAAGUUACCAGCUGAAAAGCAAACAGCAGCUGAGUCGAGAACAAUUGAUCAAGGUUCUGCAAUGUUGGUUCACACGUUAGGCAUGAAAUGGAAUCCUUCAACAGAUACGUUCCAUUUCAUCUCAACUCUACCAAAUGAUUCUAAAGUGACAAAGAGGACAACUCUAUCAACAAUCUUUAAACUUUAUGAUCCCCUUGGAUUAUUAGCUCCCGUUGUGAUUACUGGAAAAAUUCUAAUUCAAGAUCUUUGGGCACUCAAACUUGGAUGGGAUGAACAAUUACCUCAGCAUCUCACUGUAAAAUGGAAUGCAUUUAUGGAUCAACUAAAGGACAUCAAUGAAUUGCCUUUUCCGCGAUGGAUCAAGAUCACACCACAUGCUUCCUUGGAAUUGCAUGUAUUUUGUGAUGCAUCUCAACUCGCUUUGUCUGCUGCUGUGUAUCUUCGCUCUGUUGAUCUUGAUGGAAAGGUAGAAACAUCUCUUGUUUGCGCCAAAACGAAGGUCGCUCCCAUCAAACGACUAACAAUUCCUCGCUUGGAAUUAUCUGCUGCUGUCAUUGGAUCAAAACUCGUGCAUCAUGUUCAACAAGUCUUACAUCUAGAAAAAGUGGCGAUUCAUCUAUGGACAGAUUCAGCAAUAACUUAUACUUGGAUCAACCCAUCUCGUUGGAAGGAGUUUGUGCAUAAUCGAGUCUGCUUUAUUCAGGAAUUGAUUCCAACUGCAAAAUGGUAUUUUAUACCUGGAAAGGAAAAUCCAGCUGAUCUCGCUACUCGAGGUAUCAGCCCAGCAGAACUUGCUCAAAACAAACAUUGGUGGACUGGUCCAGAUUGGCUUCAAGAAUCUGUUGAAUCGUGGCCCAAAACUUCAGAACUACCUACAGAACAAGACAACCUGGAAGAACGGCCAGCUGCCAGAUAUUCACUCAUCCUGAGGAAGAAAGCAAACAACAUUGUGAAAACACCAAUUACCACUCAAGAAUUGGCUGAUGCUAAACACUCAUUAGCACUGAUUACUCAACAACAGCUGUUCCAGAAGGAAAGAAAAGUGCUUUCAAAAGGAGAAUCUCUUUCAACAACUCACCCACUCGCUCGACUGACACCAUUUAUUGAUUCCCAGAAUCUUAUGAGGGUUGGAGGAAGAUUGAAUGCAUCAUUUUUACCAUUCAACUCGAAACACCCUAUCAUUUUACCUCGAGAAUCUCCACUCACUCAGCUGAUUAUCUCUGAUGCUCACCAACGCACCUUGCAUGGCGGUACUCAACUGACUUUGUCGUACACAAGAAAUGAAUUUUGGAUUCUCGGAGGACGUGUUCCAAUCAGUUCUUUCAUUUGGAAAUGUGUUAAAUGUGCAAGACAACGAAAGGUUCGUGGAUGUCAACUCAUGGGUCAACUACCAACGGAACGGGUAACUCCAUCUCGAUUAUUUUUACACUCUGGUGUGGAUUACGCUGGGCCGUUACUACUCAAAACUUGGAAGGGGCGAGCUGCUCGAACGUAUAAAGCAUACAUCGCUUUAUUCAUUUGUGAAUCCACGGCUGCGAUACAUUUAGAACUUGUAACGGAUUACAGUUCAGAUGCCUUUAUCGCUGCCUAUAAGCGAUUUACUGCACGGAGAGGAAUCUGCUCAACUUUGAGAAGUGACUGUGGAACAACUCUGACUGGUACGGAUAAGGAACUUCGCAACUUAUUCUCGUCUGCAUCAAAGGAGCUUGGAACAAUGUCAUCUCUACUCGCAAAGGACGGCACUCAAUGGUCCUUCAAUCCACCAGCUGCACCUCACUUUGGAGGAUUGUGGGAAGCUGGAGUGAAAUCUGUGAAGCACCAUUUACGGAGAGUUAUCGGCGACCAUCUUCUCACCUACGAGGAGAUGAACACCUUUUUGUUUCAGACCGAAGCAGUAUUAAAUUCGAGACCACUUUCUGCACUCACGGAAGAUGCAGAGGACUUCAGUGCACUUACACCUGGACAUUUUCUCAUUGGCGGACCGCUAAUGACAAUUCCUGAGCCUAAUCUCGAAGAUAUCAAAACAGCAAGGCUUUCACGGUGGCAGCUUCUUCGCCAAAUAUCUACUUUUCUACUGAAAGAGUCUACGAGUCCUACGUCACCAACACAAAUAAUUUCAAUCAGUUCCACUUGUCCUUUUGCUCCAAUAUUGUUGGCUAACUUGGAGUCUAUAAGCGUAACGGUGGAUCCAUCGUCCAUAAGCGCGUAUUUUAUUACGCUUUUACCAUUUCCGUGUAAUCGCACCGUUAAUAUUUUUAGUAGGACUCUCUCAGCAGCCUGUUGUCAUUCAGCUCGUUCUGUUUCUUCCUUUGACUCUCUCGUCUCCCUGGAUUACGUGUACGCGAUCCACGUAGCAGCGUAUGAUGAGUUCCCGAACAAUUCUCCACCCCGCACUUCUUUUCUAGACACUUGUUUUGACGAUGAUCGCUAUCAUUCAAGCAUCGAAAACAAAUACGAGAACGUCGUGCCCAAUCCCAUCGUUCGGUAA